AUGGGUUACUUGAAAGCAUCAGAUACCGAGCGCGUACCAAAUGACGGCAGCGAGAGCCAAAGGAACUCAGCUUUCCGAUCCCUGGACCUUCCACAGGAGGUUCGUGAUAAAGUAUACGAAGGCCUGCUCUGUCCACACGGGGAUGGGACGCAACACGGGUGUCACGAGAAGAUUCGAGACUACGGUCUGGAGCCCGCCCUCCUGCGCACAUGCAAGCAGGUUUGCCACGAAGCUUUGAGGGUCCUGUACACCAAGAACGGCACCGUCUUGAUUCGGAUGGACGCACAGGUAUACGACAUCUUCCGGACGGCCCGAUCGCGGGCCCGUCCGGAGUUCCCAGAAGCGUACCCGAUCGCGAGAGUCGAAUGCGGGAAUGUUGGAGGUGUGCCCGUGUUGACAGUGGAGAUCUCCGUACUUCGGAAAUAUCGGGCGCAGGGCAAAUUUGUGCCAGGCGAUCAAGUUGUUUUCAUCGAUCUUUUGUCGGCUCUUCCAAAAAUGUGCAUAUUCCUUACCUCUUGUUGGAGUGCAGGCAUACUGAAGCUUGUGGUCCACAUGGAGAGACCCAUCGGAAGGCGUCCAGAGACUCAUCUACAAAUGCUAUCAGACUGUCUCGAAUGCCUUUCCGAAGGGCGGGGACUCGGGCGUGCGAUCAUCCUCACAGAGCCUCAGCACAGCGCUACCGCAGCAAAGGCUGCGAAACUCAUGAUGACAGAUAUAGUAACUUUCGAAGACGUCUCCCGCAUAACAUGUGCGUAUGAAGCGCGUGUCUUGAGACACUUGAAGGAGAAGAGGUGGAAUGAUGCACGAGAUACUCUCCAAAACGCCUUAGAUUUCUUUGACUUGCCGCAGUACAGGCUUCGUGCCUCAAGAUUGAUCGGUGCAACAGACAAAAGGAGGUACGAGCUCGAAGUCAAGGUGAUGGAUAUACAGUGGAACUAUGUUACUUGCUGCUUCAAGGUUGGGAGAAAGGGCGACGUGCAUCAUCAGGUCCGCCAAAUGUUUCGGUACUGCUCACCGCAAAUCGAACUUCGGCCCAACAAGAAGGUUACUGGGAUCGGGUAG